AUGCCUUCUACUCCAGCAUCACCGAGAAAACCCUCUUCUUCUGCUGCUGCUUCGGAAUCUCCAGUCUCUACACUGCUGAGCUCGUCGCGCAAUGUGCGCAACGCUAUAGACAGAAUCUUGGGCGAAUUGGAUUCAUCACCGUCAACUGCACCGACUACGCAGACUCUUGCACCUUCCCUCUCGCCAUCACGACUGGAGGUUCGGGAAAUUGUCACUCGAGAUUAUGAAUUGUUGGAGGGCAGUAGUGACGCUGGAAAAGAAGACGAGUGGCGAUACGGUGAAGAGCAGUUUGAUUAUGGUGACGAGGCGAGCGAUGGGUAUGAGGAUGAGGAUAAGAGUAUGACCUCAAGCGACGGGGAAGAUGUGGAUAUCGAAGCGCAGCCAAAGGAACAAAAGGAUGGGAACGAAGACCACGAUAGCGGAGACUGUGAAAAUCCGGACAAAACUGCAAGACCAUCGAAGCCAGCGUUUAGCAAGUUAUAUGUGCAGCACUAUCCAGCAGAUAUCAAGACACAGAAAACGAGUGGGAACGAAAAGAUUCAAGAAGAUACCAUGGAAGAAGUCUUGAACACAACAUACAUGACCGGACGGACAGCGUCCAGCCAGUAUACCAGCGGUGCCUGGCCGGGACCCGGUCUCAUUCCAAAGAGUGAGCAGAAUCGACGGGACAAUCUUCGCACCCAGAUCAACGAGGAACUCACGAAGAAAUGGGAGCAAGAAAAGAGCCGCAUUCCUCAAGCUGCAGCCGAAGAAGAUCGGUAUGAUAGUGGCGAUGCGGCGGAGUGGGUACUCGAUGCUGAGAGCUCAGAUGGUUCGGAAAAGGAACCUAGCAUUCGUGUUGAUGCGGACGACAGCAUCAAUCUGAGCCCCAUGCCCACAACGUCUACAGUACUAAGUACACCACUACCCGGGUUCAGUAAAGCGAAUGUAUACUCCGAAUCACCCACCAGGCGCCGCCAUAAAGCCCCGGUCUCAAAUGAAUUUGCAAACAUGGCUCGACCCGCUUACAUGGACGAUCUGGACGCUGAGGAGCGCGCGGAACUCCAAGAACUCGAGAAGUUCAGAGAUGAUGAUCUUGCGCCGCUGGACGAAAGUCUGUCUUCUGACAAUGAGAAUGAGAGUAGUUUCGAAUGUGGUACCCCUGUAAAAGACGCUUGGAAGCAGUAUCUACGUGAAAGAUUGCAGCCGAAUAGUGAGGAUGAGCAGGGAGGUGGGGAGGUUGAGGAGGAAGAAGAUGAUACGGUGGAUAUGAAACUUCCUGCAGCUAUGAUGUGGAGUGAUGGAAAGGGGAAGCCAUCGUGCAGUCCGCUUCUGUGCGAUGGAGUUUUGUACAGUGAUGGCGAUGAAGACACCAGGUCGCAAUAUUCGGACUUGGGGGAUGGCGCUCAGGAAGAGGCUGCGCCACAUGGUGACGCUGAUUUUAUGUUGUUGUUUGGAGUGGGCCUGGUGUUCACGGUAUUUGUGCGAUUUUCAUGGCGUGUUAUUGUUGGAAGCUCUGGGGAAGGAGUGGUGACGUAG